CAGCGUGCCUCGCAGCGGCUCUCCGCGAGAUCCUUUCCACCCAGGCCAGCCGGCCUCGGAAGGGGUUCCCGCCAUGGACGGGCUCCGGGCCAGCACCGGGCUGCUGAGGCGCGGGAGGUUGAGACGCCGGCGCCAGUCGCAGCCACACAGCGGGUCGGUGCUGGCCCUGCCCCUAAGGCCCAGGAAGAUCCGAAGGCAGCUAAGGAGAAGCGUGGCAUCCCGCAUGGCCGCACUGAGGGCCCAGACGCUGCCCAGCGAGGACUCGGAGGACUCGAGGGUGGAGUCGGCGGUAGACGAUCAGGGGGACCCGCUGCCUGGUGGGACGGCGGCCAUCCCCGAUGCGGCCCGGCGAGAACCGUAUGGCCACCUGGGGCCUGCAGAGCUGCUGGAGGCCUCGCCCGCGGCUCGCUCCCUCCAAACCCCUCGCUCCCUGGCGGAGGGGCAAACCCCGCCCGCCCGCCUGGUGGAGGCGCCCGCCCUGCCCGCGCGCCUGGUGCCGGCUUCCGCGCCGCCCGCGCGCGUGGUGGAAACCUCGGCCCUGCUGUGCAGUGCCCAGCAUUUGGCGGCCGCCCCGCCGUCCGCAGCCCCCGCCACGCUGUCCGGGCCACAGGUGGACAGCACGGGCGGGGAGCUGGCCUGGGACUCCCCGCUGCAGCGCGUCCUGGCCGAGCUGAACCGCAUCCCCAGCAGCCGGCGGCGGGCGGCGCGCCUCUUCGAGUGGCUCAUCUCGCCCAUGCCGCCGGACCACUUCUACCGGCGCCUGUGGGAGCGGGAGGCGGUGCUGGUGCGGCGGCAGGACCCCGCCUACUACCAGGGGCUUUUCUCCACCGCAGACCUGGACUCCAUGCUGCGCCACGAGGACGUGCAGUUCGGGCAGCACCUGGACGCUGCUCGCUAUGUGAACGGGCGGCGCGAGACCCUGAACCCGCCCGGCCGCGCGCUGCCCGCCGCAGCCUGGUCCCUGUACCAGGCCGGCUGCUCCCUGCGCCUCCUCUGCCCGCAGGCCUUCUCGACCACCGUGUGGCAGUUCUUGGCUGUGCUCCAGGAGCAGUUUGGCAGCAUGGCAGGCUCCAACAUUUACCUCACGCCCCCCAACUCGCAGGGCUUUGCCCCUCACUACGACGACAUCGAGGCUUUUGUGCUGCAGCUGGAAGGUAGGAAGCUCUGGCGCGUCUACCGCCCCCGGGUCCCGACGGAGGAGCUGGCGCUGACCUCCAGCCCCAACUUCAGCCAGGACGACCUCGGGGAGCCGGUGCUGCAGACCGUGCUGGAACCUGGAGAUUUGCUCUAUUUUCCUCGGGGCUUCAUCCACCAAGCUGAAUGCCAGGAUGGAGUCCACUCCCUGCACCUCACCUUGUCCACGUACCAGCGCAAUACCUGGGGCGACUUCCUGGAGGCCGUACUGCCUCUGGCAGUGCAAGCUGCCAUGGAAGAAAAUGUAGAGUUCCGAAGGGGUCUCCCGCGAGACUUCAUGGAUUACAUGGGGGCCCAGCACUCGGAUUCUAAGGAUCCACGAAGAACGGCUUUCAUGGAGAAGGUGCGAGUCCUGGUUGCCCGCUUGGGACACUUUGCCCCUGUCGAUGCUGUGGCUGACCAGCGAGCCAAAGACUUCAUCCACGACUCUCUGCCCCCUGUGCUGACUGAUAGGGAGAGGGCGCUCAGUGUUUACGGGCUCCCAAUUCGCUGGGAGGCUGGCGAACCUGUGAACGUGGGGGCCCAGUUGACAACAGAAACGGAGGUGCACAUGCUUCAGGAUGGGAUAGCCCGGCUGGUGGGGGAGGGAGGCCAUUUGUUUCUCUAUUACACAGUGGAGAACUCCCGUGUUUAUCAUCUGGAGGAGCCCAAGUGCUUGGAGAUAUACCCUCAGCAAGCUGAUGCCAUGGAACUCUUGCUCCGCUCCUACCCAGAGUUUGUGAGAGUAGGGGACCUGCCCUGUGACACUGUGGAGGACCAGCUUUCCUUGGCGACCAUGUUAUAUGACAAGGGGCUGCUGCUCACCAAGAUGCCUCUAACCUGAACUGGUUCCUGGUUGAUUGCUGGAAGCAAGACAGUGGUGAUUCUCUCUUAACCACCAUUACCACCUUUUUUGCGGGGGCUGGGAGAGGUUGGAGGGGGGACUCAGGUACUUUGAGAACCGUUUACCUUUAGGACUGCUUACAUUUACCUUUAAGACUGCUUUAAUGUCACAAAUUUCAGACGGUUUUCUAGGAAUCAACACUUCACCUAGGCACAAAAGUAAAAGCAGACGUUGGAGGUGGCAAAAAGGAGCUCUUGCUGCAGAAGUAACUUUGAUCCUGAUCAUUUCAGAACACCAGCCUCAUCGUCACCCCCAGGCCUCAGUGUGCUGUGUCAUUCUUCUUGAGACAUUAGCUAUUUUUUAUUUGGAAUUUGCACCCUUCAUUUGAGUUCUCUUUCCUCAGUUUGCGGGGAGGGUUGGGGCUAGUAUCCUGUUUGUGACCGUGAGUUUGUGUGAAUGUUAGAAAAGUUAUUAAAGUGCCAAAGACUGUUUCCAGAUUA